AUGGUCGGAGACGACGGUGAUACGCUGAUCGAUGACUUCGCCGUGGACUUCAAGGAGUACAAGGCCAAAUACAAGAAUGCCGACCAUCCCAAUAUGACCCUGGAGGAUUACUCUCUUUUUCCCGUGGAAGUGGUCGAAGGCGCUCCAGUGGCGGUUGAGGAGGAGGUCGGAGAAGAUGGCGCUCUUCCUGAAGCAGCUCGUGAGGUUGAGCUUGGAACCGGUGAUGGUGAGGAGGUUGAUUGA